CCAUGGUUAAACCCCUCUGGGACAUGCUGUUACACUUCAUGGCGGCCUACCAGGCACUCCCUGGAUACAAUGCUAACAGGAUGCGUGACGAGACAAUAUGGGUGACCAUGGAUCACAUUGAUGGGGUCGACCCGUCCGUCCCCUGUCAAGACAAGGACUGCCGGUCUGAACCAGCUUUGGGGUGCGGUCCAUGGACCACAAUGUCUGCUGUCGGCCUCACAAUACAGAAAGGCGGUGGCGACCUUCACUCGGAUGGUGCAUCCCUGGAUCCGGAAGAUGCUCGCGAGGCACAUGACACACGCACCCGAAACCAGCGACAGGUUUUAUAACCUGGCGCGGGCGAGAGACUCGGCGUUCUUCGUGGCAGGAAGAAUUCGCAGUGCCAUGACCGACCAGUCGAAGCCAGAGACAAGCAGUUUGCCAACCGCCACUAAGUCUGCCUUCACCCCCUACUCGGCACCAGCAACAGUCAGCGCCUCGGCGACUUACACCCCUUCAGCGUCAGUGAACCCUAACCCUGUCUCCCAGCCGACAACACUUCGAGAGACAAGCAGUUUGCCACACGCAGCCUACUCCGCCUCAGCAUCCGUCAUCGCCUCCCCAACUUACACUCCUUCAGCGUCAGUGAACCCUAACCCUGUCUCCCAGCCGACAACAUUUCGAGAGGUAAGACUCUAAUCUUGAACAUGUUCUUUUCUCAUCAAAAUGAUAUCUUAGGAUGGUGUAAUACUUUCUGGAAAACGUCGUUAUCUUUAUUUCAUCCUU